AUGCUCACCGUGAACCGCCGCCUGCGGGAGCUCUACGUCGAUGGAAAUCGCAUCGGAAGCCUCGGCGGGGCGCUGAUUGGCGAGGCGCUGAUGGGGAACUGGUGCUUGCAGACAAUAUGGAUGAUAGACAACAAAGUGGACGUCAGGGUGGUGAACGCGUUCACAGAGACCAUCAAGGUAAAUCCCACACUGAGGCGCCUUGGCCUCACAGUCGACAAAUCCAUGGACAAAGCCGCUCUCCAGGCCUUGGACAGUGCGCGUAUGAUGCGUCCGCGGGCGCUUCCUGCGAGUGAGACGCUGCCGCCGCUGCCUUCGGACUCGAAGUCAGAGCCGUUGACUGCCGACAACAUUUUCGUUACUCCCAGCGCCGUACCUAACGCAUCUCAAGACUCACGCGGCGUCUCUCAGCGGCACAGCCACGACAGCGGCUCUGGUAGCGAAGCCGACUCGCAGUUCGACGCGCAGGAGUUCGAUGACCAGCAGGGUGUCGCUGGAGUGAAUGGCGUGCCCAGAACGGCACGCGCCAGCAGGCAGGGCGUGUCGAGGGCAUCAGAUCGUCAUGCGCAGGAGCAGGAGGCGGUGCAUCAGAUCAUCAUGUAUGAUGACGCUCUCGAUGUGGAGGAGCUCAUGGGGAUGACGCAACAAAUCUACAGCACGUCCGUGGUGGCCGACAUCGCUGCGCCGACGGAGCUGCCAGGCGUCGAGGCAGGCAACUGA